AUGUCAGUUGAGUGGUGUUUCAAAGUGACCUUGAACCUAAAGAAACAGCUGUUAGCUCGAACUAUCAACAUGGACUCAUUCUUCAGCCUGUUCAACCCGUCAGAAGGUGGACAGAACAAGCACACAAAGAAGCCGCGUCAGAAAUCCGACGCUGACGCCAAGAAGAAUCCGGACGCGCCCAAAGGGAGGAGAAAAGGACGGCGGGCGCACAGCAAGCGCGAAACCUUACCAGAGGAGUCCUCUUUCCUUUGCGAGCCGGACCUCAGCAACGAGCUGCUGGUGAAGGAUUGCAGCUACAUUGAGAACUACAUGGAGGUCAACAAGAAAGACGAUGCGGACGACAAGAAGCCGAAGCGGCGAAACUCGGGCCGAAAAUUCAGAAGGAGGAAAAACAAGAUCUCCCCCGGAAAGGAACUGACCGCCAGCACCGCGUGGUCGGAGACGGGGGAUCCCCCGGACCCGAAGAGCUGGAACAACCAGGCCGCCGUGCCGAAGGUAUGCGACGGCAACCUGGGCAAGAACGUCAACGACCUGGGCAGGGAGGACCCCAGGAGGAGGAGGCCCGAGUACGACCUCACCAAGGAGAACAGCGGCUACUUGGACAGGGCGGUCUACCGUGACGUCAUCGACAAGCUAGAGAAGGUCGGCAUAAAGGACGAGAUGUACCUCGCGGGCGAUUUCAACGACGAGGAUCUGGAGAACGACUUCUUCUACAGCUCCGACGACAUGGAGGAUUACUUUGACGACGACACGACAACGGACUCCGACGACUCGGGCGAGGAGUGCUACGGCAGCCUGCCGCCGGAGCCCCGCUUCGGCAACGUGGAGUACAAGCUGCAGCUGGUUUCGCCUUGCGAGAGGCGCUUCCAGCACUUGGUGACGCAGAUGAAGUGGCGCCUCCGCUCGGGCGGCGGCAGCGCCGUGUACGUGGUGGGGGUGCGCGACUGCGGCGCCCUGCGGGGUCUGAGGGCGCGCGCCCUUAGGGCUUCGCUGCGGGCCCUGCGCCGGAUGGCGGCCGCCCUGGGCGCUGCGCCCGUGGCCGCGAGGGCCCGCCGCCUGGCGCCGCAUCGCGCCGUCGCGGAGGUCUACAUACGCAAGCUGGCGGAUACGCAGCAGAGCGUGGAGCUGAGGAUCGCCGUGAUGGGGGCAAACGAGGCCGGAAAGUCUACCCUCAUUGGAGUACUAACCCAGGGGGAGUUAGACAACGGGCGGGGCAGUGCGCGCCUGAACAUGUUUCGGCACCUGCAUGAGGUGAAGAGCGGGCGCACCUCGUCCCUCAGCCACGAGAUACUCGGCUUCGAUGCGCAGGGCAACGUGGUGAACUACGGCUGCUCGGAGCUGAUGACGGCCGAGCGCAUUGGCGAGCGGAGCGCGAAACUGGUCUCGUUCCUGGACCUGGCCGGGCACACCAAAUACCAGAGGACCACGCUCCACGGUCUCACCGGCUACUCGCCGCACUACGCCAUGAUAGUGAUAUCUGCCACGGCCGGCAUCACCCGCAUAACGGAGGAGCACAUAGCCCUGCUGACGGCUCUCGAGCUGCCGUUCUUCGCGGUGAUCAGCAAGUGCGAGCUGUGCCCGGCGAAUGUGCGCCCGCUGAUGCUGCGGCUGGAGGAGCUGCUGGCAUCCGGUGACCACGCCGCGCGCAGGAAAAAACCGCUACUUAUAACUGAUGAGAACAUGGCGCGCAACUGCGUCGCGCCGCAGAGGUCCAUUUUGGACUCCAUCGACAAGAGCACAGACGCGGCGGAAAAGUCUGACGACGAGCCUGCGGAACAGGUGGCCGUGUUCCCGGUCAGCUGCGUCCGAGGGGCCGGACUGAACGCGCUGCACGCCUACCUUCUGGCGCUGCAGCCCCCGCCCCAAGAUGUCCAGCCGAGGCCGGACGACGAGACGUGCGAGUUCCAGAUAGACGAGAUCUUCCACGUGGACGACUCCACCGGCCCAGUGGUGGGCGGCCUCAUGGCCAGGGGCCAGCUGUUCGAGGGGGACAACUUGAUCCUCGGUCCGCUGGACACGGGCGAGUUCGCCGCGGCGACGGUGCGCACGGUGCACCGCAACCGCGUGCCGUGCGGCGGCGUGCGCGCCGGCCAGUCGGCGAGCCUCGCGCUGGCGGGCCGCCCGCCCGCCCUGCGCCAGGGCAUGGUGCUGCUGGCGGCGCCGCCCGCCUUCGGCCGCGCGCCCCGCCGGCCCGCGUACGCGGCCUGCGCGCCCGGCUGCUGCAGGACGCGCCACGCGGCGCCGCUGCCGGCAGUGGUUCUCGACCGCCAGGCCAAGGAGUUCGCGAAGAACACCAAAGCAGCCAGGAGGAAGGAGAAGAACCUCCUCAGAGACAUUGCUGUCGCCGAGAGCUGCUUGGCGAAGACCAGGGACGCCGCUGAGGAGGGCAACAUUUACAGAUCGGACAGCGACGGCGAGAAAGUCGCCGAGGUCUCAAAGGGGACCUUUGAAGGCGAGGUCUCGCAGGGGACCUUUGUCGACGAGGUCUCAAAGGGGACCUUUGAAGACGAGGGCCAGUGCAUAUGCGAGGACGUGGUGCCCCUCGAGGACCCAAACGACCCGCGCGGCUGCAUCUACUUCCAGGCGACAGUCCGCGUGCUCAGGCAUUCAACUACAAUAUGCCCAGGAUUCCAGUGCUCCGUCCACGUGGGCAACGUCAGGCAGACCGCCAUCAUAGAGGGCAUAAUGUCCGGCAACAGCGAGCUGCGCGCCGGCCAGUCCGCGGCGGUGGUGUUCCGCUUCGCCAGGUGCCCCGAGUACCUGGUGCGGGGCAGGCGGCUGCUCUUCACCGCCGGCCUCGGGACCAGGGGUAUCGGACGCAUCACCCAGCUCUUCCCUUAUGUGCCGUCAAUU